AUGCCUCGAAUCUCAAUCAAAUCCUCUAAUCGGGCAGCAAGCUCCGAUUCGAAUCAUGAAUCCGAUGCAGAGCGCUCCGCCAUCUCGCUCGCUCCGCCAACCGUGACGCACCUUUUCAUCAACAACGAGUGUGUGAUGUUCAAGUCGCAGAGCUGGAGCAAUGUCUUGGAUCCGGUCUCACAGCGCCUACUAUGCAGAGUCCCAGGGAGUACUCUCCACGAGGUACAGAGGGCGGUGCAAGCUGUGCGGCGGGAACAUCUGCUGAAAUCGGUGGAUGUGCUCAGGCAGAUGUCGCCGGAGAUUCAAGGUUACCUGUUUGUCCCGCGAGGUGGGCAAGACCUGGCUGAUGCAGAUUCGGAAGUGUUUCGCGGACUGGAUUGCAUUCACGUUGCGUGCUCCAUCGGCCCGGAAAUGGCGGGCAUGUUCCUCGGCGGCGAUGCAACGCUGCUGCAGACGUUCUACGAGCCGGUAGGCGUCUGCGUCUCCAUUACACCGUUUAGCUUUCCUUUCAUGAUUCCCCUCUGGUUUCUGCAGUAUGCCCUCAUCACCCUGCCCUUCAUCCAGGCAGUCAGCUUCGUUGGCUCCGAACCUGCCGCUCGACAAGUACACGAUCUCGCACGCUCCGCGGGCAAACGAGUGCAAGCCGAGUGCGGGGGCAAGAACCACGGGGUCGUUCUCGAAGACGCCAGCACGAUGCCCACUCUGUUCGCGAUCGCAGGGAGCGCCUUCGUGGCCGCAGACCAGCGAUGCAUGGCCCUCAGCGUCGCCGUCUUCGUCGGCAGCACGCGCGACUGGAUCCCCAAGCUCGUAGAGCUGGCGGAGUCGAUGGUGGUUGGCUGCGGCGGUGACCAAGAGUCGAAGAUCGGCCCGUUGAUCGAUGAGGACGCCAUUAAGCGGGUCCGCGGGGUCAUACAGCGGGCGGUGCAGGAGCAGGCCGAAGUUCUCCUCGAUGGUCGUCAGAUCAGAGGGCCUGGCUACCCUGACGGGAAUUUCCUGGGGCCCACCAUUCUCACGGGCGUCGAGACGUACAUGGAGUGCUACCAGUCGGGGAUGUUCGGACAGGUGCUCAUUUACAUGGAGGUUAGCACUUUAGAAGAGGCGAUCGAGCUCAUCAAUCAAAAUAAAUGCGAGCUUGCUACCCACAUAGAUGGCAACGCAUGCUCUAUCUUCACCACCAGCGGUAAACAUGCAAACACGUUUCGGCGCGGCGUCAACGUUGGGCAGAUCGGGGUCAAUAUCCCGCUGAUCGCCCCGUAUGGCACCGCCGUGCGGACCAGCAACAAGGACUCGUUCUUGGGAGAUUUGUCGACGUACUGGCCGUUCUUCACCACGACGAAGAUCGUAUCUUCCCGAUGGGAGCAGUAG